GAUGUAGGCGGGCCUUAUCAGGCGUCAGAGGCGGUGUCGUGGGGCAGUCGCAGCCCCAGAGAUGGCAGUGAGCGAGAGGAGGGGGCUCGGCGGCGGGAGCCCCGCGCAGUGCGGAUGGGGAUGCUUGUCGCUGCUGGUGCUGAUGCUGGGCGGCUGCUCAGGCCGCAUUCACCGGCUGGCGCUCACAGGGGAGAAGCGAGCUGACAUCCAACUGAACAGCUUCGGAUUCUACACCAAUGGGUCCCUGGAAGUGGAGCUGAGCCUACUGCGCCUUGGCCUCCAAGAGACAGAAGAGAAGCCAAGGGUGGGGUUCAGCUUGAGUCGGGUUCGAUCUGGCAGCAUUCACUCCUACUCGAGCCGGAACUCCCACGGAUGCCCUCUGGAGAGAAACAGCAGCAACUUCCUGGUCCUUUUCCUCAUUGAUAUCAAAGACCUGCAGUGAGUGGGGACAGGGGACCCCCAAAGAUCCACAGCCCUAGGGAGAAAGCCAGUCACUUUUGCUCCAUGGUACAUCGUGUGUUUGUGUGUGUAUGUGUAUAUGUGCACCGCAUGCUCCUGGAAAUUGA